AUACAAUGCAAUAAAGACGGCACGGCAAACCUACCCUUAUCUUGUACCCGUCCCAACACCUCGCAACCGGUCCGCGCCUCAUCCUAAAGAUCGGCCGCCGCCGAGCCAAAUGAACACCGAUGCCGUUCUCCGGCUGUCGCUUUGCUGGGUAGCGGCCGCCGUUUUGUUCACAGGGAUAUACACCCACUUCUCUUUCAAGAAAAUGGCGGCCACUUACAUCUUCGGGAUGUUCGCCGUCGGCGGUUUGAUCUUGCCGGACUGGGAGUUCUUCGACCGUGCCGUCUCCCAAUGGUUCUCCCCCGUCACCUCCGCCUCCCACGGAUCAUCGACGGCCAAACAGUCCGUUCCGUCCAGGUUUAGGAUGUAUCCGGCGAGAGUCGCUCUUUACACCGUCGUGUACGGCGUUGCUUUCUACAAGUGGUGGGUCUUCGUAUUCUCCUCCUAAUAAAUCUGAAUUUAUUUAGAUCCACCAUGUGUUAGUUCUUAAGGACCUACUGUAAUUUUGAACAAUUUCUAUGUUUACUUAAUCAAUGUGUGUACAUUAUCAUUUCCUCCAAAAUAAAAAAAAAAUGAAAUUUGUACUCCCUC